UCAGCGCAUGACCACGAAACAAGGAAGUGUUGUCUCAAACAGGGCCGAGUCUGUUCUUGUGUGUGUGUUUUUUUUCCACUCAGAAGAGACUGACAACAUUUCACGCUCUUAAAAAGACUCCGGAGCUGCAGGAGGAGGCGGAAAGCUUCUGCAGUUUUACAUUCAAUCACAGUGAAAAUGGACGCAGAUCGCCGACGCCCGCUUUGUGUCCUUAUCUGCGUCACUUUGUGCGUACCUGAGCCCCGGGUGUUUGCAAAAUCAUACUGGAGACCUAACAUUGUUUUGAUCCUCACUGACGACUUGGACAUCGCGAUCGGGGGUCUGAGUCCUCUGACGAAGACAAAGAAGCUGAUUGGUGAUGCAGGGAUUUCAUUUUCAAACGCAUUUGUCGCCAGCCCGCUAUGCUGCCCGAGUCGAGCCAGCAUCCUGACGGGGAAAUACCCGCACAACCACCACGUCAUCAACAACACGAUCGAGGGAAACUGCAGCAGCACAGCCUGGCAGAAGAGCGAGGAAGCCCACACCUUCCCCGCCAUACUGAAGAAUCACGGAUACCAGACCUUCUUCGCUGGGAAAUACCUCAACCAGUACGGACACUCGGACGCCGGCGGGGUGGAGCAUGUGCCUCCAGGCUGGAGUUACUGGGUCGGACUGGAGAAGAACUCUAAAUAUUAUAACUACACUCUGUCAGUGGAUGGAAAAGCUCAGAGACAUGGAGCUGAUUACAGCAAAGACUACCUGACUGACGUUCUGGCUAACAUGUCUCUGGACUUCCUCAGUUAUAAAUCAAACUACCAGCCGUUCUUCAUGAUGGUCUCCACGCCGGCCCCCCACUCCUGGACCGCAGCUCCUCAGUACCAGAACAGCUUCAACACCACGAAGGCUCCAAGAGACCCCAACUUCAACGUCCACGGGAAGGACAAACACUGGCUCAUCAGACAGGCUAAAACCCCCAUGACCAACUCCUCCGUUCAGUUUCUGGAUGAUGCCUUCAGGAAACGGUGGAGAACUUUGUUGUCAGUAGACGACAUGGUGGAGAAAAUAGUGAAGAGUUUGCAGGUCAGAGGAGAGCUGAACAACACAUAUGUCUUGUUUACCUCUGACAACGGCUACCACACAGGUCAGUUCUCUCUUCCUCUGGACAAACGGCAGCUCUACGAGUUUGACAUCAGAGUUCCCCUCAUGGUCAGAGGACCCAAAAUCAAGCCCAACCAGACGAGCAAGCUGCUGGUGGCGAACGUGGACCUCGGUCCGACCAUCCUGGACAUCGCCGGCUACGACGUCAACAAGACGCAGAUGGACGGCAUGUCCUUCCUGCCCGUCAUGGAGGGGAAGAUGAACAGUAGCAGCUGGAGAACAGACAUCCUGGUGGAGUAUGAAGGAGAAGGAAGAAACGUGUCGGACCCCUCCUGCCCCCUGCUGGGACCAGGAGUGUCGGAGUGUUUCCCAGACUGUGUGUGUGAGGACUCUUACAACAACACCUACGCGUGUGUGCGCACUGUCGCCCCCUGUGCCAACCUGCAGUACUGCGAGUUUGACGAUAACGAAGUGUUUGUAGAAGUGUACAACGUGACUGCAGACCCCUUCCAGCUGACCAACAUCGCAAAGACCAUCGACCAGGAAGUCCUGGAGAAGAUGAACCACCGGCUGAUGAUGCUGCAGUCCUGCUCCGGACAGUCGUGUCGAACGCCCGGCGUGUACGAUCCAAGUUAUAAAUUUGACCCUCGACAGAUGUUCACGGGCCACAGCUGGCGGCUCAGCAGACUCCGGCAGAGGGUGAAAUAAAAAAAAAAAGAGGAGGCGCCGAUGAAGACGUGGAGAAGAUGGACUGAGGAAGAAAGGGCUGCAUUGUUGUUUUAUAUUCAGCCUGCCCUGCUGUUGUUGCCUUGUUGUCAGGCCUCCCGAGCCAGUUUUCUCUGUGGACGGAUGGAGAAGGGAUCAGGUGAGGUCAUAUUGUAGGAAUAGGUGCGUUGCCACGGAGACGAGAGGCCUCUUAGUGUGCAGCACUCGCCCUAUGAAGUUUGGACUGCAGGUUUUUUUUGUGUGUGAGUUUUUGUGAGUAUGAGC